AGCAGCGCGGCAGUGACAGGAUAGUUGGUUUAUAUAGCGGUGACUCAGAGCGCGCCGCGCACUCCCCGCGUGAAUGAGCGCGCCGAAGACACCGAGCACACCAGAUCAGACGAGAUGUCGAUUUAGAUCACCGCCUUGCCUUAAAACCCGCACACUGCUCCGAAAGAAGGCGAUCGGCGAACCAUGCACUGUCAGGCAGAGCUGAGGGUCGCGAGCAGCGCGCAGCUGAAAGCCGCCAGGAGACGAUACAAGACUUUCAUGAUCGACGAGAUCCUCUCCAAGGAGACUUGUGAUUACUUCGAGAAGCUUUCUCUUUACUCGGUUUGCCCCUCUUUAAUCGUCAGACCCAAACCUCUGCAUUCAUGCUCGGGCUCUGCUCCUCUGAGGUCGUAUCCUCUGCUGUCGGUGAUCACGCACCAGCCUCCCAGCAGCCUCCAGCAGCUCUCCCAGCCGUCUCCUCACCUGCCUCUUCUGUCACCCCAGCACCCUCUGAGCUCAGAGCCCACGGCCAGCGAGACGCCCGUCAGCAUCAGCAGCGAGUCCGAGACGGAGCACAGCGCCCCUCGGCUGAAGAAACCCCGCCGCAGCCGCACCAUCUUCACCGAGCUGCAGCUGCUGGGCCUGGAGAAGAAGUUCCAGAAACAGAAAUAUCUGUCCACUCCGGACAGAUUGGACCUGGCCCAGUCUUUGGGACUCACGCAGCUCCAGGUGAAGACAUGGUACCAGAACAGACGCAUGAAAUGGAAGAAAAUGGUGCUAAAAGGAGGACAUGAGGCUCCUACCAAGCCCAAAGGCAGACCUAAGAAGAACUCCAUCCCAACCACAGAGGAGAUCGAGGCCCAGGAACGGCUGGCGGCCAAACUAGAGGAGGAGAAGCUACGAGGCGAUGGGGAAGACGAGGUCUUCCAAUCUCAACCUCAAGAUCUCAGUACGUCCGCUACAUCUGAAUCCGUCUGUCCAGAAUCCCCGGCGCAAGAACAGGCCCCUCCGUCUCCAUCGGAAGCGAUGACGACCAGCUAAACGCACAACCAAAGACAGCUACUGAAAGACUUUGACGCUCUCUGGACUUGAGCAGAUGAACGGCUUCCCAAGCCUGAUUGUUUUGAGUUGACGGUGAUCCCCAAAAGUGUACUUCAGACACGCAAAAAUGUGUGAAUGUCAUUGCAAAACAUCAUGCGUAACAAGAAAAGAUAGAAUAAGCACACUUCUCGAUCAAACAUUUCAUUAAAAUAAGCUUUUUUUAGGUAUUAAACGAUAAAACAACAGGACAAUGUAUUUGGACACAUUCUGGAUGUCAGACUGUGGAUCAUAUUCAUAACUAUCGAAUAAAAAUGCGUUUUAAAAGCGUUCCCAUAAAGUUAUGAAAACCUUAUUUCUGAAUGUUCUCUGAACGUUCAAACGUGUAGUUUUUUAUGUUUUAAAAACAUCUGUCCUUGGUUGUUUGAAUGUUAAGGGAACAUUCCAUUUGAUCAUUUAGCAAACAUUGUGGCAAUGUUACGUUUAGAAAAAAGCAGUGACAUUUAAAAAAAAAAAAUGUUAGAGAAACGUACAUCUAAAACGUUUCAGAAAACGAACAAUUUUUGUGAUAACAUUUCGAGAGCAUUAUUAAAGGUAUAGUUCACCCAAAAAUGAAAAUUCUGUCACAACUAAAUCCUUUUCAUGUGCUUCCCUUUUCUCCUGCUCACCAAAUAAAUAUAUAUAUAUAUAUAUAUAUUUUAAAGAAUGUUAAUAACAAUGUUAAUAAUAGAGUUGUUGGUUCCAUAGUAUUAUUUUUCUUUCAUACUAUGGAAGGUUUCAGGAAGUGUUUGGUUACCCACAUUCUUCAAAAGAUGUUUUAGUUUUCAUACACUUAAUAAGAAAAAAUCUCAGGUGACAGCAUUUUCAAAAAGCAGUGAACAUUUUAUGUUUUGGCCUCACACCAUGGCAGAAUGUCGGGCCUGAAAACAUUUGGAAAUGGGUUUCAAACUGUAACCAACCGUGUAACCAAAAAAAAAAAAGUAAAUUUUUGGAAACAAUGACGUUACGAGUUUUACAGAUUCGCACGAGCAAGGAUCUUUUUAACAAUAUUUUCACUUUCAACUUUCGUACAUCAUUAUCGUGCAAACGUACCUUUAUACAGGUCUGGAGUAGGUUUUAGUUUUUUUGGGUGAAUUAUCCUUCCAAAGACUAGAUAACUUUGAACGAAUGCUCUAUGAAUGUUACUGUUGUGAACAUUGUGAACGUUCCCCGUGGACUAUCCACUAAAAAUGAAAUUGAGGCCAUUUGCAGAUUUUAUGUAAUGCAAUGACAUGCAGGCAUUUUAUAGUAUGCAAGUGUCCAGUUACUUUCCACUAUAUAUGGCUAUGCCGUGAUCUACAUUGCUUUACAUGUUUGUGUCACACAGCUGCCUCGCUGAAAUGUAUUUUAUAAAAAAUUGAAAGCCAUUAACAUGCUGCCAGAUACACCAACGUAUAAAACCGAAUCACAAAGACUGACUUUCUUGCACCAGUGCGGCACGUCCUAUACGGACAAACAGCAAGUGUUUAUUUUUUUCUGGGUUUGUUCCUCUCUUUCCCUGUAAAUAUUACCUGUGUAAUUGCUCCUGUAGUUUACGGUGCACCUGUGUACUGUAGCAUGGGAUUCUGUGCCAAAACACAUAUAUCUGAGAAGCUAAAGUGCCCUUUGAGGUUUUUUCUUUCUUUUUUUUUACGCAUCCAUGAAGCUGCUGCCAUUAAAAGUUAAUAGGACGGGUUAGUAUGAAUACCAGUGUAAACAUGUACAGAGUUCUGGAUUUCGCAUGAGAAAAUGUUGCUCUUUUUAAAGCAGGAUUGUCCAGUUUGGGUAAAGAUUAGCUUUAUCCAUUCAACAUGUCAAUGGAUAAAGAAUCUGUCAGCUUAGUGUAGAAAAAGAACAUAAAUCGAGAAAACAUUAAAAGUAGUAUUGAUUUAAGUAAACCUUCCAAAGUGCCCUCUCUCUGCCAAACGACAAUGUGUUUUCUCUACCUGUUUGCAGAGAAAAAUAGUUUCUUUUGUCCGUUUUAUGCGUGGCAUGCUUCGACUUUGCUGUAUUUCAACCGAAUCCUUUCUUCGAAUCACCUUUGUGCGUGCGUGUAACCUUUGCGCGGCCGCUUAGCACUAUCCUCCGAGGCCGAAAACACGCGGUACACGAACUCCCACGGAUCGCGCUAGCUAUUGUGUGUCUCGUCCCAUUUCGUUCGCUUUGAAUGAAAAAAAAAAACGUUGAACCCUUUUCCCCCCGCCGUGGAGUGGCGCAGUGUGACACCACUAAGUGCAGGCUGGUUUUAUUACUGUAAGAAAAACCACUUAAUCUGUCAGGGACGCAAAGCAAUUAAUAAAUCAAACUCGCGCUAGUAAAACCUGCAAAAAAACACGAAAAUCCGCGGGACAUGUCGAAGCCCGCGGGAGCUCUGCACAUGCCUACAGCUGACUGACGGCCCACAAAUACAUCAUCGCAGACUCCUCCAUCCUGCAUGUCAUGAGCUCCGUUUCCAACCGUUGUUGCCUUUUGCGAAGAUUUUAUUUGUAUAGUUGUUGUUUUUUUCUUCUGUGUUUGGCCAACAGCAAAUAUUGAAAAUAUAUUCCUUCUUUGAUAUACACACAAAAAAAACACUAUUUUUCUGGUGUACAUACUGAAUUUUAUUGGGUGAGUAGUUAUUUUGUAUUCUUUUGUUUUGGAAAAGACUAUAUAGAUAGAUAUUUGACAAGAACCCCUUUUUCACCCAAACGUUCUGUAAUUUUUAUUGUAUGUGUGUGUGUUUGCAUAUUUAAUAACAUUUAAUAAAGAUAUCAGUAAUUUUG